UUGUUUUUGGUUGCACGUAGAGAUUACUGAUUAAGAACACAUAAAUAAUAUUAAGUAAUAUUUAUCGGUAGUGUUUUUAUUUAUAAAAAAUGAUAAAUGUGAUUUUAUUUGUGAUGCUCGUGCUCAGCACAGCAAAAACGGAUCUAGCUGGUGAAUGUAACCUGGCAGGCUUCUAUUUCGAGCUGGGUUGUACUCCGGUCCCUCCUGCUGAUAACACCACGAUCUGCCCUGAGGCUUUCACCUGUCCGGACCUGCAUCCUGACCCUAGCAUGUGUUAUUAUAGAGGUAAACCAUACGCAGAUCGCUCCACCAUACCUCAGGUGGCCAUCAACAACCCGUGCUCGCAAGCCUGCAGCUGCAGUACAACCGCCGGGCCGCAAUUCGAUUGCGCGGCCGUCGACUGUGUAGAGAUUUUCGACUCAGACAAAGAGCAGCAAUGUAUCAACACCUACGAAUUAGACUCGUGCUGUAGUACCGGCUCCGUUUGUGGAAAAGAUGAAAUCGCCAAGCUGAAGACGUGUGAAGUAGAUGGUCAAACGUACAUGGAGGGGCAAACCUUCGAACCAAAGAAUACCAGAAAAACCUGCAUAUGUACCGCGCAAUGGAACGGCACCACUGACAAUCCGUCGUAUUGUAGAGAUAUCAAUUGUGGAUUGGAAAUACAUUAUCAAGAUAAAAUAUUCGAUAAUUGCGCACCUGUGUUCGCAGGAAAUAUGAGGAGCUGCCCUAUUGCUUUUCAAUGUCCAUCCACAUCAUCAAAAGUGAUACGUGGACUCAACUUACGCAGCAUCAGUCAACAGUGUUCUUUCGGCAAUGUGACCUUGUCUGUUGGAGAUGAGGUCACCGUGGAUGAAAAGUGUACUAAAUGCUCUUGUGAUGUACCGCCGUUUGUAUCUUGUUCCAGGAAAACCUCUUGUUUUGAGUAAUUUUAAGAUAUUCUCAUAGAUAUGAACCGUUAUUAAUUAUCAUCAUGACAUAAGGAAGUUUUGAUUAUUCUAACUAUUCUAAUUAUUCUUAUAGAUAUUUAUUAUUAAGAAACAUUAAUUGAAGAGAAAUUGUUUUUUCUUGAAUUUAUAGAAAACAUUUUUCAUGUUUACCUAAGACGUACUUAUACUGUGAUUUAUAAGAUUUAAAUUUCACGGAACAAAUUGAAUACAAUAUGUUAUUAAUUCGAUUCAGAUUGUGGCGUUAAAAUCACAGAGUUAAAAUGUGUUUUUAAAUCAAAUACAGUACCUAUCUAAAGAAAAGGUUUUAGAAUCUAAUGUAACAGGUACUCUGUAUCCAACGGAAAAUUAGGUAGUUAAGUACCUACUUACCUAAUAAAAUUAAGUGAUGUUUUUUUUCAAAAACUUUCAUAGACUCUACGUAUUAAGAAAAGUGUUUUAAAUGAAAGAAAUUUUCAUAUUCA